AUGUCAGAAGGAAACGAUAAUAGGAAACACAAUCAAAAACAGAAUAGACGAAGAAAUCAAAAUCAAGAUAGACCUAAAUCAGAAGGUCCAAAAAGAGAAGCUAUAUUAGAUUUAAAUAAAUAUAAAGAUCAAGAAAUAAGAGUAAGGUUUGUUGGAGGUAGACAAGUAACAGGUAUAUUGAAAGGGUUCGAUCAAUUGAUGAAUUUGGUGUUGGAAGAUGUUAAAGAACAAAUAAGAGAUCCAGAAGAUGAAGAUGUAUUGACUGAUAAAACAAGAGAUUUGGGGUUGGUUGUUGUAAGAUGUACGAGUCUAUUGACUAUAUCACCGGUAAAUGGUAGUGAAAUAAUUGACAAUCCAUUUGUACAAGAAGAUCAGUAG